GUCUGGAGGCGGGCCCGCCCCCUCGCUGGCUCGCGCCGCCGCUGACACCGUUUCACCUCCAGCGGAGAAAAAACUUUCCCGGAGUUUCUGAGGCUCCGACCGCGGAGCGACACACUCGACCCACCGGCCGGAGGAGGAGGACGACGACGCAGCCGCGGCAGCCCGGAGACUCUACCGGAGAAAACAAGACCCACUUCUCCCGCUUCUUCCUCUUCUUCUUCUUCUUCUUCUUCUCCAGCCCGAGGAAGGUUUUUAAUUCCCCUCUUCUUUCUUUUUGUUGUUGUUUGUUUUUCUUCUCCGUGACAGUUUCUUCUCUCACUUGUCCCACGCGCCUCUCUCGGGGGGUCCCGGCGGCUCAUCACUGUGGGGGUCGGAGGUCGACACCUUUUGGCGAAUUAUGUUCAGGAAUACUGAAGUCGUUGCUCCUCUCAAGAAGUGAAAGAUUCUUUUUUUUUUUUUUCUUUGACGGAGACGAAAUUAACCUGGACACCCCCUCCUCCUCCUCCUCCUCCUCUUCCUCCUCCUCUUCCUCACUCACUCCCCAACUUCCCUCUCUGCUCGGGGUCGAUAUGGCCUGGAUCAGACUGGGCCUCUUCUUGUCCGUCAGUUUGCUGCUGUCUCCGGUGUGUGUGUCCGCCGAGCAGCAGCAGCAGCAGCAGCGGGGCGGCUUCAGGAGGCUGUACGUGCUCCAGCCCGGGCCGGGGCCGCGACCGGGGCCGGGGCCGGGGCCGGCCGGGGCGGGCGGCGCGCUGAGAGUCAGCUCCAUCUCGACGCGUCACGGCGCGGCGGGGCGGCCGCACGCGUACAACGUGGAGCUCACGGCCAACCUCGGCGGCCCGGUCCGGACCCGCAGGAUGGGGAACCAGGCGGCUCCGGUGCCGCCGUUCAGUCCGCAGCAGCAGCAGCAGCAGCAGCAGCAGGCGGCGGUGCUGCAGGAGCAGAGCCAGCAACAGAAGCAGCUCAUGAAGCUGCCGGGGGUGAACGUCUGCGGAGGGCAGUGCUGUCAUGGAUGGAGUCAAGCUCAGGGGUCGCAGCGGUGCAUAAAGCCCAACUGCAGCCCCCAGUGCCAGAACGGAGGAAUGUGCCUGAGGCCUCAGCUCUGUGUCUGUAAGCCUGGCUCAAAGGGGAAGGCAUGUGAACAGAAGACAGUGUCCGCACACCCCUUUCCGGCACAGCCCGCGCAUGAACCCACCAACGGGCACAACACCGGUCACACGAAUGGACACACGACCGGUCAUACAAAUGGAUACAAUGUAGUGCCACAGCGGCCCAUACCCCAGCAAGGGGUCCCUCCCAAUGGGUACGCUUCUGCCCCCUCACCAGCGAGCAACAUGGCUCAGAUGAAACUAACUGUGAAGCCGUACCAACAACUGGUGCGACCACAUUACAUCCAGCAACACAUCCAACAGCAGAUCCGCCCGGUGCCCAUCCACCCAGCUCAGAACCAGCAGUAUGUUUUGAAGCCCAAAUACUACCACACACACACCACGCACACACAGACGCACGUUCAGUCCCAACCAGAGAGGCCAAUCCCCCUGAGAGUGGGACACAACCCCUUCCAUGCAGUCGGCAACCACACAGGAAGGAUCAAGGUGGUCUUCACACCCACCAUCUGCAAGUUAACCUGCAUUGGAGGCAGAUGUCACAACAACUGUGAGCUUGGAAACACCACCACCAUCAUCAGUGAGAAUGGCCGUGCCACCGACACCCUGACAGCACCCAACUUCCGAGUAGUGGUUUGUCACCUUCCGUGUAUGAAUGGCGGCAAGUGCAGCACCAGGGACAAGUGUCAAUGCCCUCCCAACUUUACUGGAAAGUUCUGCCAGAUGCCAGUUCAGAACGGACACCAGCAUCACCAGCAGCACCAACAGCACCAGCAGCACCAGCAGCACCAGCAGCACCAACAGCACCAGCAGCACCAGCAGCACCAACAGCACCAGCAGCACCAGCAGCACCAGCAGACGGCCGGAGGGUUCAGCCAGACUCAGGUCCACUCCACUCACACAUUGCCCCUGACCUACAGCAACGGCCAGAGCACUGUAUUCAGCCCCAGCGUCGUCAACAUCCACAUCAAACAUCCUCCGGAGGCCUCGGUCCAGGUCCACCGGGUGUCUCACCUGGACAACUACCAAAACAACGGAAACCAGCUCAAAGGUUCCCAGUCCAGCUCCUCGUCGUCCACCAGCUACACCUACCACCACACAGACAGCAGCCAGAAGGUCCAGCACCACGGCUACAACAUAGUCUAUCCCAACCAGCACGACUACCAGGUUCCUCAGUACCAGCCCGUCGCCUCCAAGAACACGUUGGGCCGCUGCUUCCAGGAGACCACAGGCAGCCAGUGUGGGAAGGUUCUGCCAGGCCUCACUAAGCAGGAGCAGUGCUGUGGAACCAUCGGGACGUCCUGGGGUUUCCACAAAUGCCAGAAAUGUCCAAAGAAACCCUCUAUCCCUCUGAUAGACUGUCCUCAGGGCUACAAGAGAAUCAACAGCUCUCAUUGCCAAGAUUUCGAUGAGUGCCAGCUCCAGGGAGCGUGUCCCAAUGGAAACUGUCUGAACACCGUGGGCAGCUACAGGUGCAUGUGCAAACCCGGCUAUGUCCCCGACCCCACACUCACCACAUGCAUAUCCGACACACCUGCCGUCCAAGAGGAGAAAGGGCCUUGCUUCCGUUUGGUCAGCUCAGGGAGACAGUGUUUGCACCCAGUGUCUGCCCAGCUGAGCAAGCAGCUCUGCUGCUGCAGUGUGGGCAAAGCCUGGGGCCCUCAUUGCGACAAAUGCCCCCCUCCAGGAACAGCUAAGUUCAAAGAGAUCUGUCCUGGUGGAAUGGGCUACACUGUUCUACCAAAUCCACCGGUCAAUAAGCCGGUCACCGUUCACCAGCAGCCCAUCGACCUGCUCCCCCCACAACCCCUGCCAACGCCAGAGAGACCAGUGGAGGCUUUUGGGAAACCAGAGGAGAUAAUACCAGUAGCAACAAUCGCACCAGAUCAGGAGCUGAUAGUUCCCGCGUUUAGCGAUAGGCCGGUAGUUGAGCCCAUCCUGCCGCAGCUAUCCCCGGGUGUGUCCACUGUCAAGAUGGAGGCAGCCUACCCAGAGGUUGUCGAGAGGACUUCUCCACCUGUACCCGUGGUGAUCCACCCAUCCAAUGCAGGCCAGGACAUCGCCCCGACCAAGUCAACUGAGGUUGUCGAGAGGACUUCUCCACCUGUACCCGUGGUGAUCCACCCAUCCAAUGCAGGCCAGGACAUCGCCCCCACCAAGUCAACUGAGGUGGACGAGUGCCAGAUCAACCCUAACAUUUGUGGCCAGGGGAUUUGUUACAACACUGCUGAGGGCUACACCUGCCACUGUGAUGAAGGAUACCCCCUGGAUGAUUCCCAGACCACCUGUGUAGAUUUAGACGAGUGUUCGGAGACACCAUCUUUGUGCGUCGGCGGCCUCUGCAGGAACACGGAGGGCAGUUUCCUGUGUGUGUGUCCGACGGGAUUCCUCGUUGACGAAGAGGGAACCAGUUGUGUUGAUAUCGAUGAAUGUAUAAACAGAACAGUGUGUCCCUCUGGCAUCUGCCUCAACGUGCCAGGGAGUUACAACUGUGCCUCGUGUCCAAAUGGCUUCUUGGCCCAGGGAGGCCAGUGUGUAGAUAUCGAUGAGUGCCAGGAUGAGCGGGUCUGUACCAGAGGCCACUGCCUGAACACUGAGGGCUCCUUCAUCUGUGAGUGUGGACCAGGCUUCAGAGGGUCAGCGACUGGACACGAGUGUGACGAUGUGGAUGAGUGUGUAGAGGAAGCAGGGCCCUGUGAGCCUGUGGGGGAGUGUGUGAACAGCAUGGGCUCCUACACCUGCACCUGCCCACAGGGAUACCAGCAGAUCAACGGCACCAGCUGCAGAGAUGUCGACGAGUGCAUGGAUGAGCAGGAGCUCUGUUCCCCCAACGGCGAGUGUCUCAACACAGAAGGAUCCUAUCUGUGUGUGUGCGAGAGCGGAUUCACUACCAACCUCGACACGCCCUCCUGUGAUGAUAUCGAUGAGUGUGGCCUCAACGAGACGCUGUGUGGCCCUCACGGCUUCUGUGAGAACAGACUGGGCUCCUACCGGUGCCUCUGUGACCAGGGUUACCAGGAGUCCCUGGACGGUCAAGCCUGUGAGGAUGUGAAUGAGUGUGAGCUGCUGAGCAGUGUGUGUGGAGAAGCUCAGUGUGUGAACAUGGACGGUUCCUUCCUCUGCAUGUGUCCCAGCGGCCAGGACUAUAACGUCAUGGUCGCCAAGUGUGAGCCUGUUCCCACAGUGUCGUCGGUGGAGCGUAAGGAGUGCUACUAUCAACUGAGUGACGAGAACCUGUGUGAGAGUGUGCUGACCAGCCACGUCACCCUGCAGGAGUGCUGCUGCACGCUCGGAGCGGGCUGGGGUGACAACUGUGAGGUGCAUCCCUGCCCUGUCAAUGGCACAGACCAGUUUAACCAGAUGUGUCCAUCUGGACGAGGUUUGAUCCCCAGUGAAGAUUUGCUGUACGGAGUACCCACUGAUGACAGCUACAAAGAUGCUGAUGAGUGUACACUGUUUGGCGAGGAGGUGUGUAAAGGAGGCUUCUGUCUGGAUACCGUGGGCAGCUACGAGUGUUACUGCAAGACCGGACAGGACUACGACUCUGCCAGACUGGAGUGCAGAGACAUCAAUGAGUGUCUGGACGAGUCUGUGUGUGUCGGUGGACAGUGUCUGAACACUGAGGGCUCAUACAUGUGUUUCUGUACACAUCCCAUGGUGUUGGACCCCGACAGUAACCGCUGCGUCUUCAUUCCCGAGGUGGCAGAGCAACACGAGACAGAGCAGAUAGACUACCAGGGGAUCUGCUGGCAGAUGGUGACACAGACCAUGACGUGCACGCAGCCGUUCGGCCUCAACAGGAAGACCACGUACACCGAGUGCUGCUGUCUGUACGGAGAGGCCUGGGGCAUGGACUGUGCCCUGUGUCCGCCGCGAAACACCGAGGAUUAUGCAUCCAUGUGUAACCUGCCUCUGGGUGGCGGGCGGCGUCCGUACGGCCAUGACGCCCUCACCGCCGGCCCCGUCCAUGAAUACGAAGUGGGCCCAGACUAUUCUCCAUCACCUGAGCAGGAUGCUGCGCUGCCUUUCUAUGAGAACCAGGAGCCUCCGUACAAGGCGUUUGAGGGCUUGCGAGCAGAGGAGUGCGGGAUACUGAACGGCUGUGAGAACGGUCGGUGUGUCCGGGUCCAGGAGGGCUACACCUGCGACUGCUUCGAUGGCUACACCUUGGACUUGUCCCGCAUGGCCUGCGUCGAUGUGAACGAGUGUUCAGAACUGAACAAUCGGAUGUCGCUGUGUAAAAACGCCAAGUGCAUCAACACGGUGGGCUCCUAUCAGUGCGUAUGUCUGCCGGGGUUCACUGCCUCCGACAGACCCAACUACUGUGUGGAGGUCGCAGCGCGCCACGCAUCAACACGCACACAGUGAGCGCGGACGAUAGGUGGCGACGAGAGACACAAAACCACACGCACAAGCUUGUAUUACUAUACUUGUGAGGACGUCCACUGGCUACAUCCGGUCAAUGCCAAAGCCUGAACUCCAACCAUUAAGUUCGACUCCCCGGGUUUGGUCAGUGUCCAGCAGCGCUCCUCAAUCCCCAAACACUUCGUAGCUCAUCAUCAGCAGUGACCUGCAGGAACAUUUGAGAUGUGGGGGCGUCAUAUAACAAAAAUAGGGAGCGGACCACAUUUUGUAACUAUUAGAAUCUAUUUAUAGUCUUUGUCCAACCUCCCAAACACAAGCCCCUUCAAUUAACCUUAACCUGAUUCCAUAAUUUAAAAUGAAUCCAAAUACAGAUCUGUUGUUACCAGUGUCAUUGUCAUGUCUACUCCCUGCCUUCCACUUCUGCUCUACAUCAGAAUGCAUGUUUUUUUUCUGUUGGAAUAUAUUUGUUAUACUUUUUUAUUUUCAGUGGUUUUUCCAAUAAAAACAAAAAUCCCGCCUAAAUAAUAUAGAAAUACUUCCAAUGUUAAGGCCCAAUUUUUUUUAAAGGCCGCUAGAGUAAUUAAGCUUUUCUUCAACGCCACAGUAAACACGGUAACUUUGCUAUAGCUCUUUUUUUCUACCGCGUUAAAAGAAUUAUUCUGCAUUUUGGAAUACGAUUACUUGAUUGUUAUUGAAGGUUACUGACUAUCAAGAAACCAAAAAAAGCUGUACCUUAGUAAUGCGUCAUCAAGUCAACAUGUCUGCUGUCUCGGACAAGUUUCUUUCCCGGGCUCCACUUCAGACUUCACACACAAAUAACUCUUUGGGCUCUGGGAAAAGUUUUACAACCAUAAAACCUUCAUGGAUGAUAAAUUCCCUGCAUACAGAAACAAAUAUUUACCUUGUUCGCUGUUUGAGGCUUCCUGUCAAGUUCUAUAAUGGCUGUUUUGAGUUAAAGUAAUUUUUAUUGCAGUACCACGAGCGGCCACUGGGAUAAAAGUCGCGCCCUGUUUGGUAGAUUGUGCCGUGUCCUGCUCCCUUUAUACAUCCAGGGGAGUUUAUGCUGCCUUCAAAUGUAACUUGUGAGCUUGUGGUUACGUCGAGAACACCGCUGCUCGGCCACAUGGACGCUGAUACUAACAAUAGUUUGGCAUCUCAGAAGCUAAGAGAAGCGAACAGUUUAGCUAGCUAGCAGUCAGGUGAGGUAAUGCAGGAAACACAAAGACAUGACGGGGUAAAGGCGAGGCUGUUGGAAAUAUCAACAGUUUAUGUCAUUUUAAAAAACAUCAACUAUAAGACUAAAAUUGCAAUAUAUAAAAAUAUAUAUGAUCAAAGAGAAAAGAACUUCCUUGACCUCCACCGUUUCUGAAAACGUUAGCAAACAUGUCGCAACGCGUGAACUUUGAUCGUUCCCAAAGUCCGAGGUUGUGAAUACGGAUGCCUCUUGUGAACAUGCGGUAAACGCGGGCCCACUUGACGGCAGCGCUAUUUUGUAAAAGUGGUGCACAUGCCAUGGACAUCGUCACUCCGUCCAAUGUCACCGAGAAAGUCACGGCGGCUGUGAUUAGCAUGCUUAAAUGCGAAUAUAAAGCAGCCGGGGCUGCAGGAAUGUCGCAGGCGUUUACUACCUAACCAAAGUUUCUGGACAAAUUCAUAGUUUUAUUGAAGAUUGUGCGACAGAGGAGGAGUCACACGGAUCGACGUAGUUGCUACAGUCCGUGCUGAGAGGGAACAUUUCUUGAUUUUUUUUUCUUGAUUUUGAAAUCCAAAGUAAGUUGGAGCAAAGUGUUGGACUGAGCCACAAGCAGCACGCUCAACGUUAACGCCGCGCCACCCGGCUCCAGGGCCGCCGCUUUAAAAGAAUCCCAUGACUCUUCCUGAGUAACUUACCACUUCCCAACUCAUUUGAAUGUCCUUGUUGUUGUUUUUUCUCUUUUUCCUAGUCUUUUUCAUUUUGAUGUUGCCGAGUAUAAAGCUGAGAUGUAAAUGCUGAGAUGAAGCUGAACCUGAAGUUUGACCUAAACCAAAGCUGCUUUCAGACAUGCGCUGAAGUCCAGACCUUUUCCAGAACUUUUCCAGAGGGGCUGUAUGUCAAAACGCAAACGUUGCUCUGGACUUUUUCCAGAACUUUCUUCUGCCAGCCCCCUGGUCAAAUUUCCGGAAACUCCCCAAGGGACAAUAAAGCAGGAAAAUCUCCGGGAAACUCAAAGACAAAAACUCUGCUUUCCGAUGUCCUGCCUCCUGCGUUCUCUACCCCGAUGUUCCAGAAAUGUGCCCGCCGCGUUCACCGUGUGUGAAAGGCACAUAGGAUGAACGCGGCGGGCACAUUUCUGGACAUUUUCCGGCGUUCAUGUCUGAAAACAGCUCUAUUGACGACCUUAGAGAGGUGUGGGUCUUCAAGCAGAGCUGUAUCACCGAGGGGACAAUCGUUCCUUAAAAGUAUAGAAAUACAAGACACACACACACACACACACACACACACACACUUAUUUAAUCAAAGCCCAUAUAUUCUGCACUGUAUAAAAUACACACUACAUGAAACAGUCAUUUACUUGAGAUGAAGAUUCAACUUAAUCUACUAUUUGGUGUCGACCUUAUGUUGGGGAUAGAAACACAGAAUUGUAUAAAAUGUAUGUUUUGUCCUUUGCUUUUUUCUGAGGUUUUUUUUUGUUCUCAUUUUUGUUUUAGAGUGGACAUGUGCGUGCCACAAAAGGCCGUUUUUUGCUCAUUUUAACGAAUUGACAAACCCUAUGGACUUUUGCUGGGUGAUCCAGUCUUAUUUUGUGCCCAGUCAAACCGAUUGUGGAUAUUUAAUUCUGUGAAGAGGCCAGCUGCUCGCUCCUCCUCUUCCUCCUUCGCCAUCCCUCUGUCUGCCAUAAAGAAAAGUCUGUUACCACGCGACACUACGUUUGUAAAAUACAGUCCUGAGUCUACUUGUUGUUUCAUGUUUCUUACAAAGAGCUAAAAGACUGUUUUUGUUUCCUGGUUUUUCGUUCCCUUCCUGUGUGUUGACAUGACUGAAAUGAAUUUUCUUGUUUUACGUUGUCAUACUUCUCUUAACUACGUUUCACUGCCAAGUCUUGCCGGGUGGUGGCAAAGCUGCUAUGGGACGGCGACGGGAGAGAAGAAACUUGUGUACAUUUAAACAAAGGAGUGGAGAACACAGCUGGUGUAUUUGUAAUUUGUACAUGGAUAAAUAGCUUUUUUUUCUAUGAAUUCAUAACACAAUGUACAUUAAACCCCUUGGUAUUAAACCCCAAAAA